CAUCACUCAUGCGCUGGGCAUACUUUGUUGCAUGUACGAACAGAAACACACAGAAGAACACAGGCGACCGAUUGACAAUUGUUGUAACUUGUAACAUUCGAAUCCCCAAAAUCCCACUCCACAUUUCUACUAAAACCCUAAAAUAUCAGUACUCCUUUUCUCUCUGGAUAAAUAUGGAUGAACAUGUUGUUCAAAAUGAUUGCGAUUUGCAGUUGUCCUCAUCUACUUUAGAAGGAAAUUUCAAUUAUGCACCUCAUUUAGCUGAAAGUACUUUGUAUCAGCACAUAACUAAAGCAGAAGACUGUGAUAGCUACUCUGCUCCUCAAUGGAUUGGAUACCAGCAGAUGCCUCCAUACUAUGUUGAGUAUCUUGUAGGAAAUGGGAUCUCUGAUAUGCAAGGAGAAAUACCACAUGACACUAAUGGAAUCGGAUGCAGUUUUACAUCUGAAGAGUCUUUUCUGAGCAUGGAAGCCCAUCAGGUAAGACAAUCAAGGUGUCAACAUGAAGAAAUACUGGCGAACAAUUUCAGAAACACACAACAUCAAAUAUGCUAUCAGAAGCAAGGGCCAGAAGAAGGGCUAGAUACUGCUGCUCCAAACAUGUCAGGCAUCACCACAUCACGCAGGACAUAUAUGAGACAGAAGGCCACUGAUGCAGAUCGUCGUCGCAGAACAAGGAUUGCAGCAUCACUAGAUGCAUUGGAGGAUUUGCUUCCACAGUCCAAAGAGAAGCAAGGGCCAGAAGAAGGGCUAGAUACUGCUGCUCCAAACAUGUCAGGCAUCACCACAUCACGCAGGACAUAUAUGAGACAGAAGGCCACUGAUGCAGAUCGUCGUCGCAGAACAAGGAUUGCAGCAUCACUAGAUGCAUUGGAGGAUUUGCUUCCACAGUCCAAAGAGGGAAACAAAACAAACAUAGUUGAUGACUGCAUAGAGUAUAUAAAGUAUUUGCAGCUUCAUAUGAAGGAAUUGAGUCAGAACAGAUUGGUAGGGGAACCAACUUCCAAUCACUUAACUUACCUUGAGGGAUAUGGUGCUUACCUUGUUGAUGAAAAGACUGCUACUGCUAGUGGACCACUGCAAGAGAUGCUUGGAAAUUUGAUGGAAACAAGUCCCUCUGCAGCAAUUAAGCUGCUAGAGAGUCGAGGUCUUUACAUGAUGCCUAUUAAUGCUCGCUCCUCCUAACUCCUAACUCCUAACUCCUAACUCCUAAUUCAACAUUUGAGAUUUCAACAAAACACCAAACACUUGUUAUUUUGUUAAUGUUCUCUCUAAAUUCUAAAACUAAAUCCUACUUGUCUUUUACUACUUUUGUCAUGCA